GAAAGCCAGAAUUCAAUUCCUCAUUAGGGAUUUGCUUACGUUCAAGAGAGCAUAUCUAAUUGGGGUCAGAUUGAUAGCUCUCUUAAAAAUGCUAAGAGCAGAAGAUGAAGACGCUUCAGAACUCAAACUUGGAGACGGGUAAUAUCCGGUCGUGAUUUGAUUUGCGUUGGGAAUAAUUGAUUAGUAACGAUGAGGUUGGGGUUGUCAGAUUUUUUGAAGGCAAAGUGUCUAAUGAAUAGUGAGGUUGCCAUUCUUCUUGAGCAUAGAUGUGAUCAGAUGAAGCAUAUGUCCGGCGAAUCAAUGCACCAACUUCCCCAAGUGUUGGAGAAAUCACUGCAGUAUGUUAAGCGCUUUAGUCGCUUCACGAAUCAGGGCUCUGUGAAGCAAGUUCGAGAAGUUCUCAGUAGAUACCAGUUGGCUGAAUUCGAGCUUGCUGUGAUUGGAAAUCUUUGUCCUGAAACUGUGGAGGAAGCCAAGGCAGUUGUGCCUUCUCUCAAGACGAAAGGACGUGGGCACGACGAUGAAGCCAUUGACAGACUGUUGAAUGACCUAAUGAUGAUUAAAAAGUUUGAGUGAAUAUUAUGCUUCACUGUUUUGGUGAUUUGAUUUUCUCAUCUCUUGGUGAAUACUAUGCUUAUUUCUACUUCAAGUUCAAAUCGAUCCACAAUAAGUAGUUAAUUUCUCUCUUCAAAAUGCACAAACUUGGAUAAUUAACCUAGGCUACCAGUCAACAAUUUUUUGUUA